UAUAUAUAUGUUAUAUAUUUACAUUUAUAUGAGAUGGGACUACUGUAAAUAAUACUAUGUAUAUAAAUUUUAUAUAUAUACACAGACGUUACAUAUAAUACACAGAUGAGAAGCAGCCACAUUUACGGUGUGUUAUGCACGUCCGUCCCGUGUUUUGAAUUUGAAUCGUUCAAAGUCAAGGUCGGUAGUAUUAAAAGAAACUCUAGCAAGAUUUGCCAUAUAUAAAACUAUAGCUGAUAAUUAUGUCUGUGUAAUUCACAACUCAUACCAUAUAUAUAUAUAAAUUCAUAAAAACCAUAUUAUAUAUAUAUUAUUAUAGCCCAUAUUGUCACGUUGUUUCUUGUAGAACUUUAUUAGUUAAACAUUAAAAAAUACAAGCAAAAGAACUUCAUCUCGGUUUAUUUUAUUCUUCGAAAAGAAAAAAGAGUCCACCUUGUUCAUUGUUCUAAGUACUCUCCCAACUAAUCCGUCGUUUGAUAGUAUCCAAUUCCUGAAAAAAUGGCAGCUUUGGUACCCUCCAAACAAAGGCAGCAGCCACAUUUUGUGUUAGUCCCUUUAAUGGCUCAAGGCCAUAUGAUUCCCAUGAUAGACAUGGCUAGGCUUUUUGCCGAGCGUGGAGUUUUCGUCAGCCUAGUGACGACCCCACAUAAUGCCUCGAGAUUCGAGUCAAUCAUUACUCGGGCAUCCCAUUCCGGACUCCCAAUCAAGCUCGUCCAGAUCCCAUUUCCGAGCCAAGAAGUGGGCCUCCCAAUCGGUUACGAGAAUCUUGACAGCUUACCAUCUAGAGACCUCUUGAGACAAUUCUUUAAAGCUCUCAACAUGCUUCAGAAGCCCCUGGAAUCAUACCUCGAGGGGGAAAAGAAUCCGAUUCCGAGUUGCAUAGUCUCGGACAAGUGUUUGUUUUGGACUUCGGAAACGGCCAAGAAGUUCAAUAUUCCGAGGCUGGUCUUUCAUGGCAUGUGCUGCUUUUCACUCUUGUCUUCUCAUAAUAUCAAGCUCCACAACGCUCAUCGAUCGGUCACUUCUGAUUCCGAGCCAUUCCCGAUUCCGGGACUGCAGCUGCCUCAAAGAAUCGAAAUCACGAGAGCCCAGUUGCCCGGAGCGUUUGUUAUUCAGCCAGACUUGGAUGAUUUCCGAGACAGGAUGAAAGAGGCUGAAACGAUGGCGUUUGGGGUCGUGGUCAACAGCUUCGAUGAGCUCGAAAAAGGGUGUUCGGAGAAGUACGGCGAGGCUCUAAACAACAAAGUCUGGUGUAUCGGACCGGUCUCUCUGUCGAACAAAAACGACUUGGAUAAAGUCGAGAGAGGGAACCGGACCUACAUAAACGACAGAGAGUGUCUAGAGUGGCUUGACACCAUGGAACCAAACUCUGUCGUUUAUGCAUGUCUUGGUAGUCAGUGUCGUUUAGUUCCAUCACAGCUUAUAGAGCUAGGGUUGGGCUUGGAAGCAUCUGGUCAACCCUUCAUAUGGGUGGUCAAACCAGGAGAUAAGUUUUUUGAGUUUGAGAAUUGGCUAAAGGAGGAAAGGUUUGAGGAGAGAAUUAAGGGAAAGGGAAUGUUGAUCGUGGGCUGGGCCCCACAGGUUCUGAUUCUGGCCCAUAAAGCGAUUGGUGGGUUUCUGACUCACUGUGGUUGGAACUCGACCAUAGAAGCGGUUUGUUCUGGUUUACCAAUGAUAACUUGGCCACUUUUUGCUGAGCAAUUUUUGAAUGAGAAAAUGGUCGUGGAUGUUUUGAAAAUUGGUGUUGGGGUUGGAGUUGAAGUCCCGGUUAGGUGGGGUGAUGAAGAAAAAAUUGGGGUGUUGGUAAAGAGAGAUGGAGUGAAGAGAGCCGUUGAGAUGUUGAUGGACGGUGGAGAUGAAGAGGUGAAAUAUAGAAGAGAAAGAGCUAGACAACUUGGAGAGAUGGCUAAAAGAGCUACUGAAGAAGGUGGAUCUUCUUACUUGAACAUAUCAUCUUUAAUCCAAGACAUAUCUAAUUAUUACUAAUUGGAGUAAACUAACAUAUAUAUGUUCUUUAUUUAUAAGUAUUAUUUGGAGUCAUGUAAUAAUAUUAAAAAUAAAGUCGGUUUCUUGUCAAUAAUAAUAACUAUAAGCUCUUGUGUGACGCAAUUGCUUAUAACUUAAUUAUUAAUAAAGUGGAGUUUAUGUAGGGUUGUAAUUAUUUGAAAUGAAAUAUAUAUGGGUAUGUAUUCAAUGGUUACAUUAA